UUGGAUAUUGCACCAAAAUAUGCCGGUGUAAUAUAUGGUUUAGGAAAUACUUGUGCAAUGAUACCAGCUUUUUUUGGUAUAGCAUUAACCGGUUGGAUAUUAGAAGUUACUGAUAAUGAUUGGAGCAUUAUUUGGC